AUGAAGCUCGACAAGAUCGAGCUUACUUACUAUCCACCCUCUGUAACGAUUUCCUACACAAGCAGGCACACUCAGAGUGUCCUUUCAGAAACCGUUGCUGUUCCUCACUGUAUGACAUCGCUCAAUACAUGUGUGCAAUAUUUAGCACAGUCAAACCGGUUUUUGGCCCAUUACAAGGCACAGACAGAUUACGUUGCGUCUACUCUCUUGGCUGCGCAGGAGGUAAACCUCAAAUAUAAAUAUGCACCCAGGGCGGUUGUCACAAGCGAGCUCCUACCCAUUACCUCCUGCAAGCUAGAUAAAUCAGGAGAGCUCGCUGUAGUAACUUCUCAUGAUAGGACGGCGAAAAUCUAUGAUCUCUCCUCCAUUGUGACCAGCAAGGCUCGUUUAUCGGAGAGAAGCAUAUUAGAAGGGCACGAAGGCGUAGUAUAUACCGCUGAGCUCAGUUAUCCUGAUGCAGCUAUCUGUGGCACAGCCUCCUUCGAUGGAAGCUGCCGUCUUUGGAACACCGACACAGGAGCUCCCAUGGGGGUUCUUAUGGUGGCCGAUGAUGUUUGUGAGUUUCUCUCAGUGGCAUUCUCUCGCGUGAGUCCUAAGCUAUUUGCUGCGGGAAACGCGUCUGGCUCGGUUUAUAUCUGGGAUGUUUGCCGACCCGAUGAUCCAUUUGCCUCGUUGCCUCACAUUCAUGCAGAGGAGGUAAUUUCUAUCUACUUUGACCACCGUUCUGAUCACAGAUUACUAAGUGCGUCUUUUGACGGUGGAGUCCAGGUACAUGACCUCCGCGUACCACUCGGUGUCAGUGCGUCUGGUAGCACUAGUACUAGCCUUAGGUCUGGAUCUCAUCUCUCUGAGCCAGCUAACUUAUCAAUAUCGAGUAAGCUUUUAACUAAGCACCCAGCCGAAAUUACAGCAAUCGACAUGGAUACCAACCUGACAACAGUGAUAAGCGCUAGCUCUGAUGGACUUUAUAGAAUCACGGAUUUGCGCGCUCCCGAGUCUCCUCUCUAUGAACAUAACUUUGGAUCCGAGGUUUUGUCUUGCUCUAUGUCACUUAGCAAACAGUACACAGCGAUCUCAGUCUCGCAUGGGGAAGGCGGUGUAGGAGAUAACAUAUCUCUUCCCGAUAUGGUAAAGAGAAAGAAGAUACAGAAGAGAAAGAAGGGAGAAGUUGAUGUUUAUGUCAUCGACAACGAUCAACACUCACUGGCAGGUGUGCUCCACGGCCAUAUCGGAGAGGUCAACCUAGUCAAAUUUCUAGCGCCUGGGUUCGGUAAUCGCAUUGUUACCUGCAGCAAUGACAGAACUCUACGGGUCUGGGGUGGUCCCGAGGACCUGAAGAAGAGCUGCGCAGAGGUUGCCCGUUUAGAUGGUCAUAUGGACGCAGUUGCAACGUUUGAUAUCUCAUAUGACGCUUCUGUAAUUAUCAGUGCUUCGGUUGACAAUGUGUUCCGCGUGUGGAGCGCAAAGUAG